GGCUGGCUGCUUCCCUUCCUCCCAUCCCCCUUGGGCCAAACAGGAUCGGUGCUUCUGGUGAGACGUCUCCCCAUGCACAUCACUCCCAGGUGCCCUAGGGGGCACAUUUCCCACAACUCCCAGACGGCAGGUUUCUAGAAAGUGCCACCAGUGAGAAGGCGCCACAACUUCACUGCCAUUUUGUGAGGUGCCGCUGUCUCUCCUCCAGCAAGAUUGUUUCUGGCCUCUCUGUCCUCUUCCCUUGGUGUAUUUGCCUGUCAUUGCUCCAGUACCACACUGUUUUAAUUACUCUACCUUUAUAGAAACAAUGACCGAUAAAACAGAGAAGGUGGCUGUAGAUCCUGAAACUGUGUUUAAACGUCCCAGGGAAUGUGACAGUCCUUCGUAUCAGAAAAGGCAGAGGAUGGCCCUGUUGGCAAGGAAACAAGGAGCAGGAGACAGCCUUAUUGCAGGCUCUGCCAUGUCCAAAGAAAAGAAGCUUAUGACAGGAGAUGCUAUUCCACACAGCCAAUUGGAUUCUCAGAUUGAUGACUUCACUGGUUUCACCAAAGAUGGGAUGAUGUGGAAACCUGGUAGCAAUGCACCUGUGGGAGGAAACAUUACCAGCAGUUUCUCUGGAGAUGACCUAGAAUGCAGAGAAACAGCCUCCUCUCCCAAAAGCCAAGAAGAAAUUAAUGCUGAUAUAAAACGUCAAUUAGUGAAGGAACUCCGAUGCAUUGGACAAAAAUAUGAAACAAUCUUCGAAAUGCUUGAAGGAGUGCAAGGACCUACUGCAGUCAGGAAACGGUUUUUUGACUCCAUCAUCAAGGAAGCAGCAAGAUGUAUGAGACGAGACUUUGUUAAGCACCUUAAGAGGAAACUGAAACGUAUGAUUUGAGAAUACUUGUCCCUGGAGGAUUAUCACACCCCAAAUGCAUAAUCUCGUUAAUGAUUGAGGAGAGAAAAGGAUCAGAUUGCUGUUUUCUACAAUGGAGCAGGAUAUUGCUGAAGUCUCCUGGCAUAUGUUACCGAAUCAAAUAGCCUUCCAGAGGCUAAGAAAGUUCUGUUAGUAAAAGAUGUUCUUUUUCCCAAA